UGGACCGUAGGAGACUGACCGGCGGCGGGACGAAAAUUGCUAGCGGAUACUGUACUAAGGACCCGUCCUCCCCCUGGCCCGCACCAUCUACGUAAAAUGCGAAACUUCCAGGAUACCUUAGCCUAGGAACCAUCACGCAUGCAGUUCGUCCUCCGCGGGCCUGAGAGCAGUAAGUUCAGCCCUAGAGACCGUAUACGCAUGCGUGAGAACUGGGCCGCCGCACGCGUGUGAUGUCACUUGCGCGCCCUUCUAAACUUCCUUGUUUUUCUUUUAGUGCGUAGCAAGCUGUCAAUUUCCUAGUUGAAUUUGCUUUGGACAACAUUUUGAAACAGAGCUGAUAUGCCACUUGAAUUAAUAAAAGAAGUCAAUGGAGUGCCUGAAGUUGAGCUUCUAAGUGAAUUAAACAAAGUAGAUAUCAGUUCUCUACAGCCAGGUUGUGAUUAUAGCAAAAAAUACAUCCAGGGAAAACUCUCACUUAUUUCUUCUUUAACUUAUGGUGGAAACAGAACAGCUGUUUUGAAGAUUGCACUACAAGAACAAGAAAAUUCAAAUUCAGAGAUCAACACCAUCAAUGUAUUAUUUUUUGGAAAAUUAGCAAAGGACUGUGCAAAAGUUUUCUAUGAAGGGGACACCAUUGCAGUAGCAGGAUUUACUGUGUUGUCGGCAUCUUCACCUACAAGCAGAGAUGGUAAACAUCGCUUAUUUUUGAAAGCAUUUGAAGACUUCAGAUCAACUGUUUAUGUUUAUGUUAAAUCUGUCAGAGAUUCUUCUGCAGAAUCAAUGUCUUUGGUUCCAGCAACACAUUAUAUAUAUACACCCCUGAAUCAACUUAAGGGUGGUACAAUUGUCAAUGUCUAUGGUGUUGUGAAGUUCUUUAAACCUCCAUAUCUAAGCAAAGGAACUGACUAUUGCUCAGUUGUAACAAUUGUGGACCAGACAAAUGUAAAGUUAACCUGCCUGCUCUUUAGUGGAAAUUAUGAAGCCCUUCCAAUAAUUUAUAAAAAUGGAGAUAUUGUUCGCUUUCAUAGGUUGAAGAUCCAAGUGUAUAAAAAGGAGACUCAGGGUAUCACCAGCUCUGGCUUUGCAUCUUUGACAUUUGAGGGAACUUUGGGAGCUCCUAUCAUACCUCGUACUUCAAGCAAGUAUUUUAACUUCACCGCCGAGGACCACAAAAUGGUAGAAGCUUUACGUGUUUGGGCAUCAACUCAUAUUUCACCUUCUUCGACAUUGGUAAAAUUGUGUGAUGUUCAACCACUGCAGUAUUUUGACCUGACUUGUCAGCUCUUGGGCAAAGCAGAAGUGGAUGGAGCAUCAUUUCUUCUAAAGGUAUGGGAUGGCACCAGGACCCCGUUCCCAUCUUGGAGAGUCUUAAUACAAGACCUUGUACUUGAAGGAGAUUUAAGUCAUAUCCAUCGGCUGCAGAAUCUGACAGUAGACAUUUUAGUCUAUGAUAAUCAUGUUCAAGUGGCAAAAUCUCUGAAGGUUGGAAGCUUUCUUAGAAUUUAUAGCCUCCAUACCAAACUUCAGUCAGUGAAUUCGGAGAACCAGGCAACAUUGUUAGCUCUAGAGUUUCAUCUCCAUGGUGGUACCAGUUACGGCCGGGGAAUCAGAGUCUUGCCAGAGAGUAACUCUGAUGUGGAUCAGUUGAAAAAGGUUUUAGAAUCUGCCGAUUUGACAGCCAAUCUGUGUUUUGAUGGUAUUUGCCAUUCAGAACACGAGGACAGCUUUCGGACUCUUUCAAGCUCUGGAUCAGUAUCGCUAUAUGAAGUAGAAAGAUGUCAGCAACUAUCAGCUACAAUACUUACAGAUCAUCAGUAUUUGGAGAAAACCCCAAUAUGUGCUAUUUUGAAACAAAAAGCUCCUCAACAGUAUCGUAUUCGAGCAAAAUUAAGGUCAUAUAAGCCCAGAAUACACUUUCAGUCUGUUAAACUUCAUUGUCCUAAAUGUCAUGCGCUGCAAGAAGUUCCACAUGAGGGUGAUUUAGAUACAAUUUUACAAGAGGGUGCAAGUAAAACCCCAGAUAUCAAACUACAAAAUACAUCAUUAUAUGAUUCGAAAAUGUGGACCACUACAGAUCAAGGAGGACGAAAAGUAGCGGUUCAUUUUGUAAAAAAUAAUGGUAUUCUUCCACUUUCAAAUGACUGUCUGAUUUUGAUAGAAGGAGGUACACUCGGUGAAAUCUACAAACUCGCAAACAAGUUUCAUAGUGUAAUUCCUGUGAGAUCUGGCCAGGAAGACUUGGAAGUCCUUGAUCUUUCAGCACCAUUCCUUAUACAAGGAAAAAUACAUCACUACGGAUGUAAACAAUGUUCUACUUUGAGACCAAUACAAAAUCUAAAUUCCCUGGUUGAUAAAACACCAUGGAUUCCUUCUUCUGUGGCGGAAGUAUUGGGUAUUGUACCCCUUCAACAUGUGUUUGUAAUGACAUUUACUCUUGAUGAUGGAACAGGAGUAUUGGAAGCUUAUCUCAUGGACUCUGACAAAUUCUUCCAGAUCCCAGCAUCAGAAGUCCUAAUCAAUGAUGACCUUCAGCAGAGUAUGGAUAUGAUCAUGGAUAUGUUUUGUCCUUCAGGAAUAAAAAUUGAUGCAUAUCCAUGGUUGGAAUGUUUCAUCAAGUCAUAUAAUGUCACAAGUGGAGUGGAACAGCAGAUUUGCUAUCAGAUUUUUGACACCACAGUUGCAGAUGAUGUAAUCUAAUAUUGUCAUUCAGCUUAGCAUGUGUAAAAUACUGUAAUUU